UACCCGUGUUAUUCGGGGCUUUCGCGGAGGCGGUCGCGAGUCCCCCUUACUGCUGCUGACUGUAAGAAGAUCAUCAGCCACUGUCACAACGAUGGGUACGAAGAAAAAGUCAAGAUAAAUGACAAAGAUUAUCUCUUGAUAGGGAAAUAUAACGGGGUUCUUUGUAAAAAAGCGAUAAGAAAUAAGAUUUUCUGUAACGAUCCAGACAUUGAAGAAUGCCCUUUCAUCGUGCAGCCAAAGUUGAAGGGCAAUUUCUAUGGAUUUGGCGCCAUUUAUUUUGCACUGCGCGAUGUGGAAAUGCUAAAGACGGAUGACGAUAUUGUCACUGUACCGCAAAUUAAGAAUUCUACCKAUACAUUCUGCGCUGAACCCGCAGAAGACCUAGAUACGAGCAAGUACGAAAUCUAUGGCCUUUGUUUCCAACUCAAUUAUAUUUACGAGCUCGUAAAGGAUGGGUAUGGUGCUGGUAAUAAUUUCACCCUACACGUGGCAAAAGGUUUACACGGUUUUGAACUGAAUUGGGUUUUAGGAGCUAUGCUGGAAGCGACCAAAGUACUUUAAACUUUUCAAAGAGGGUUUCAUGCAUGAUUCUUCUACCCAAGUACUUCGAUACAAGGCAUGUUUUCGCGUGUUUUGGUUUCUUCUUAUCAAAUUUACACAAGGGAUGUCUUGAGCUCCAUCCCGGGAAGUAUUUUUUGAUUGACAGAACUUAAACCGAGUAGCCUAGACCAGCCUAAAAAGUUGUUUAAAAUGUAUAAUUGCCUGUCUUAAUGGUAAAGAUUGACAUCAAGCUAAAUAAUGAAGUAAAUAAACGAAUGAAAUCUAA